AUGUUGGAAUUAUUAGCUCAAAUAAAUGCUUCUAUGGAACAAUUAAAGCUACUUGAUUAUUCUGGUGCUCUAAACUUAGGCUCUCUCCGACUUAGAACAGAAUUUACUGUUUCAAUUUUUUAUAAAUCAAAAAGUGCAGGUGCUAAAGGUGUGAAUUCAGGGAAAAAGAAGGGCGAACAAGAAAUGCAAUUAUUACUUUUUGAUGGCGGCAUUCUUUUAUGUAAAGAACGUUUACAGACAACAACUCAACAAGGCUGUAAAUAUUUUGAACAUAAAUUUUGUAUUCCAAAAGAAUCUUAG